GGCAUCGUAAAGAAGUGUGGCCGAACCGACGGCCUCAGUUCCCGGUGAGAUCCUGCCCGUCUGCCCGCGACCCCUGCCCGCGCCAAGCCUCGACCGCUCCCCGACCCCUGCCCACGGGUCUGUGCGUCCAGUGCCGGGGGCCGCAGCGGCAUGGAGGCGCGCUUCACGCGCGGGAAGUCUGCAUUGCUGGAGCGCGCACUGGCGCGGCCGCGCACUGAAGUGAGCCUGAGCGCCUUCGCGCUGCUCUUUUCCGAACUGGUGCAGCACUGCCAGAGCCGCGUCUUCUCGGUGGCUGAGCUGCAGGCCCGCCUGGCCGCCUUGGGCCGCCAGGUGGGCGCGCGCGUCCUCGACGCACUGGUGGCUCGGGAAAAGGGGUCCCGGCGGGAGACCAAGGUGCUGGGUGCGCUACUCUUCGUCAAGGGGGCCGUGUGGAAGGCGCUCUUUGGCAAGGAGGCUGACAAGCUGGAGCAGGCCAAUGACGACGCGCGCACCUUCUACAUCAUCGAGCGGGAGCCUCUCAUCAACACCUACAUCUCGGUGCCCAAGGAGAACAGCACGCUCAACUGCGCCAGCUUCACGGCCGGCAUCGUGGAGGCCGUACUCACACACAGCGGCUUCCCUGCCAAGGUCACGGCGCACUGGCACAAGGGCACCACGCUCAUGAUCAAGUUUGAAGAGGCCGUCAUUGCCCGAGACCGGGCCCUGGAGGGCCGCUGAGCCCAGGAGAUAAAGGAUGCAGAGAGCCCCUUU